AUGCCGGAGUGUGCUCAAAACUGCCUCUUGUCUGCGGUAGCCGCUGCGGGAAUCACCAGCGCGAACCUCGACCUUGCGUCGAGUUGUAGCAACACGACGGCGACCGCGAAGAUCGAGGCAUGCUCGAUCCAGGCCUGUACAAUUCGGGAGCAACUGACGGCGAAGAAUCUUACGGAAACGUUAUGCCAGCGACCUGUCCGCGAUGCUCCUACUAUCUCAGUUGCCAGCAUUGUUGGUGGGAUUUGUGUCUUGAUCGCCUUCACCAUGCGAAUGCUGUCCAAGAUCCGCUUCCCUUGCGACAAAGGCUCUCGAAUCGAUACCGACCUCUGGUGGGACGACUUCACGAUCACCGUUGCGUUUGUGCUUCUCAUCCCAAUCACCAUCUUGUCCAACGUUCUAACGGGACUCGGCAUCGGAAAAGACGUGUGGACCAUCCCCUUUGAAAACAUCACACAGGCACUGAAGGUGUACUACGUCGACGAGCUGCUCUACCUCACAGCGCUUCCAACAAUCAAGAUCGCUAUUCUCUGUACCUAUUUGCGAAUCUUCCCCACGCGGACCUUUCGAGUCGUGGUUUUUGUAGCCAUUGGCUUCAACGUGGCAUACGCCAUCACGUUCAUUAUCAUUACGAUCUUCCAGUGCAACCCGGUAUCUUUGGCGUGGACUCAUUGGGAUGAGACGCAUCCAGGAACAUGCAAUAACGUCAACGCACAAUCUUGGGCAUCUGCUAUCAUCAAUAUCGUCCUGGAUCUGGUUGUUGUUGGGUUGCCGAUGCCAGUCCUCUGGAACAUGAACUUGAAUACGAGGAAGAAGUUGCUGGUCAUGUUGAUGUUUGGCGUCGGUUUCUUCGUCACGAUCGUCAGCAUUCUACGCCUACGACUGCUGGUUGUCUUUGGCGACUCGAAGAACCUGACCUACGACUACAAGCAAGUCGGAUACUGGACCGUCAUCGAAGUCGACACGGCCCUCUGCUGCGCCUGCAUGCCCGGCAUCCGCAACCUCAUCCGUCGCGCCUUCCCAAAGCUGAUGGGCACGUCCAUUGGCAACUCCAAUCGCGUUGCCACACCUGGCCUGUCAGGCUUAUCUGGACACACUGCUGUUGGUGGCAGCGGCAUCGACAAGAAUGGCACUGGAGUCUACGUCCGACCGAGACACGACGACGACGACCACUUCAUCCCUCUGCAGAAUGUCAGCACCGAGGGACUGAGCACGACGGACAGAGACAGUGUGCCUAAAGCGGACAAACACCAGCGCGACAUUUCACGGACGACGUACUCUCCGGAUCAGGGGGUUUGGAGGCCAGUGUCGCCAGCCUGA